UUGAAGCUUGGACAAGGGGGGUUUGGGAUAGUGUACAAGGGAGUGCUGCCGGGGGACAAUCCGGGGGAGCAGAUUGAGGUCGCCGUGAAGAAAUUUUCGAGGGACAACAGCAUGGGUCGUCAGGAUGACUUCAUUCAGGAGCUCAGCAUCAUCAAUCGCCUCCGACACAGGCAUCUCGUCCAUUUAGUCGGGUGGUGCCAUAACAAUGGUGUUCUGCUCUUGGUGUAUGAUUACAUGCCCAAUGGCAGCCUAGACCAGCACCUGUUCGGUGGCGCUGACAAGCCUCUGCUCAGCUGGACGCAGCGCUACAAUAUCAUCGCCGGCUUGGCGUCGGCCCUCAACUACCUCCACAACGAGUACUACCAGAAGGUGGUGCACCGUGACCUGAAGGCCUCCAACGUCAUGCUGGACGCCUCCUUCGAAGCCCACCUUGGCGACUUCGGCCUCGCCCGCGCCAUCGACGUCGACAAGUCCUCCUACACCGAGCGCGAGCUCGGCGGGGUCCCCGGCACCUGGGGCUACAUCGCCCUGGAGUGCUUCUACACCUGCCGCGCCACCCGUGAGUCCAACGUCUUCGCCUUUGGUGCCGUCGUCCUCGAGACCGUCUGCGGCCGCCACACCCUCUGCGACGUCGCAGCCGAAUUCCAGUUCCUUGCCGAUUAGGUCUGGAAGCUAUACCAGGAGAGCCGCCUCCUUGAUGCCGUGGACCCCCGCCACACCCAUGCCGGUGAUUACGUGGUCGCUGACGUUGAGCGGCUCCUUCUGCUUGGGUUGGCGUGCAGCCACCCCACCCCGGCGGAAUGGCCGAAGAUAGAGGCGAUAGUCCAGAUCAUAUCCCGAGCAAUAGAUCCCCCGACAGUGCCUCCUUUCAGGCCGGUAUUCGUGUGGCCGAUGGUGGGGCCCCUCGAUGAGGUGGAGGAGGAGGAGGGGGAACCGGAGUCAGAGAAGGUUGACUGA